CCAUGGUGCUGAACAGUUGUGUGGUCUGAUCGAAGGGGGCCCCUUCGAUCCUGAGUCGUAGGCCAAAACUUCAAGUUGAACGUGCUGAUUUAGGUAGCGCUGGGUAGACGUCGACAAGUACCUUCUUCCCGCUCACCCUGAAGGACCUUGCUAAGGUGGUCGAGGAGACCUAUGUGUACUUGCUUCAAUGCAGGUUUAACGAAGGAGGUCGAUUUGUAGGCCUCUUCAAUCAGCCAGAGAGAAAAGAUGGGCGGACACGGUUGCAUUGAGGAUGACACAAGUCCGUUCUUGUCUUUGCCGGAAGCUUUGCAGCUGCUGAUUGUGGAAAAGGUUGACCCGUACUCGUUGGGAAGGCUUUCGUGCUCAUGUCAGCAGCUGCGAGCGCUGACUUCACUGGAAAAGCAUCUCGCGGUAGCACAGCUCUGGGAAAGGCACUGUAGGAGCUUGCUGGAUCCAUCUAUCAUUGCAACGCAUCUAGCAUGGGGCCGGAUCAUAAGCAAGCCUGCUGGUUACGAUGCUUCAAGGGUCACGUCCUUUUGGAGGUGUCUCUGGAAAGACAUGCUUGAACUGAAGACUGUUAGGUGGUGGCCAGGUGGUGGUAUGGCUCUAUUGGGGAGUCUGCACAAGCAAGAGGUCAAGGAUGCUGCUCAAGAGCCGGGCUUGGAACCUGUCAUGCUCAGCUUGUCAGACUCUCUGGCCCGAACGGGGCACACCGCAACUUCAGUGGGGACCUGGCAAGUGAUAGUGGGUGGCUUGUCGCGAGAAGGGGGUCCUCUUAUGGAUGUCAUCAUUUUGGACCUGGUCAACUUCACCAUAACCCGGCCGGUUGUUCGGAAGGGAGUUGCUGAUCUUCCACUAGGCCGUUUUAGGCAUUCAGCCGUGCCUCUCCCACCAGUCCAGGACAACCCCCGGCUCCUCUUGUUUGGGGGCUACGACAUGGAGGGGCGAGAAUUUGGGAUGGAUGAGUGCCACACAGCCACGAUUUCUCGAGAUGGUUCGGAGGUCUUGUGGAACGUGGUGAAAACCUCGGGACAGGUUCCCUCCCCCAGGUUUCAUCACACAGCAAACGUUUAUGACAGGGGGCGGAAGUUGAUAGUUUUCGGUGGCGAGGGUUCAGCCGUUGAUGAUCGAUUGCACUGGACAGGGAACGAAGCAGUCAGUUUGGAAGGGGUGGAGGACGACCAGAUAACAGUAGCAGCGUACGUUCUAGAUUUGCAAACAAUGGUGUGGGAAAAGAAGACAACGCGAGGGGAGAUUCCUGGUGUCCGGUCACUUCACUUGACGACAGUGCAUGAGGACUUGAUAACAGGGAGAGAAAGACUUAUUCUGGUGGGAGGAUUCAAGAAUGCUGAGCAGAGGCUGGCAGAUAUGACGCCCUAUGCUCUGGACCUGAGGACUUUUGAAUGGGAGCAUCCCAAGCUGAGUCCAGAAGAUCUGCCACCUCCUCGCCAUCGGAGUGCAAUUUCCAAGGUAGGGAAUGACAAGGUGAUGAUAGUGGGGGGCGGCACUAUCAUCGAUGGCACGCCCCGGUUGCUGGACGACUGUCAGGCUCUGGACCUCCUGUCGCUUAGUUGGAACUGUUCGAUUGCUGGGCCUAUUGCUAGAGAGGGUGUGCCGGAAGAAAAGCUCAAGAGCAAUCCUGAGGUGUAUGACCGGGCGACCCGGGCCGUGUCAAAGACCGCAGGGCACACUGUGGAGAGUCUCUUGGUCUUUGGCGGAUGUAUUAAAGGUGUCCUUGGCGUCAUCCCUGUGGAGCAAGUCGAGAUGCUGCUCAUCAGCACCUGGCAGGGAUCCCCCGAGCACCACCACCCCGCGCUUGAGGCGCCUGCCGCAGCAGGCGCCGCUUACGAGCAGGCCACUUUAGCCUUGGGGGGAAGCACUUCAGGCUUUGGUCGAAGGGAGCCCGAGAUCUCCGUCCCUGAAACGAAACAGGCCCUGUCCCUGCUCGAGUCAAAGGACGUUUCGGCGGCGGCGGCGUUUGGCCCGAGCCAUGGCGGGCUGGUGAUCCCCAUGUCGGGGGAGAGGGAGGAGCCAGCAAAGGCGCCCGUAUCGUAUGCGCCGGUUGCAGACCUCGCUAGGACCUGGGGCGCGACGAAGCUGCAGAUGAAUCUGCAAGUAGACAGAGUUCCGACGCAGAAGCGGGGGAGGGCAUCGCGGCCGGUGCUGGACCUGAAUCUGCCCCCCCCGUUGAGCGAGGAGGAGGAGCAGGACUUCCUGCGGGACGCUGCGCGGGUCGAGCAGCAGGCGCUGUUCUCUGCCAGCCAGGCAGGGGGGAUGCAAGUGGAGGUAGGAGAGGACAAGGAGCAAGGGGGCCUGCCGGUGCCGCAGCCCAAUCCGAAGCCGCGGUCGGCAGGGGGGCUGGCCAGGGAACCCCACCCUCAAGGGGUGCCGUUGGGAAUAGCGCCCUCGCGGUCCACCCCUGGACUGGACUUGACGAUGGAGGAACAUGGGUUGCGCAGCCACGCCUGGGCGACAGAAGCGGUGCUCGUCCGGCAUGGUCAUGAGGCGGAGAAGCCUUCGCAGCCCCCCUCCGACUUCCCCCGGUUCGUCGAGCUGAGGUACUCUAUGGAGCAAAAGGUUAGCAGCGACGGUGUGGGGCCGUCAAGAGAAUCGGAGCCUACCCCGGGAAUGCUCAAACGGGGAUUGGUAGACCCACCUAAGGAAAUGGAGGGCAGUGGGCACUCGUCAGGUAAUGGCUUAACCUUCAGAGGAGAAUAUGGUCCAGGAAACAUGCUAGCUAAGCGGACUAGAUUAGGGUAGACAGCGGGCUGGAGAGACUCGGUGUGUUGCAAGGGGCUGGUUUCUCGUAGGCGAGUCCUUAGGGAUUCAGGUGACCAUAUGCACCGAGUUAUUAGGACAUACUAAAGCGCGCAUAGGUGAG